CUCUGCCAGGGGGACACCCAACCAGCAGUGCCUGAUUGCAGGGACGCUGAGACCAUCACAGAUGUGUGCAACAGCACUGACCUGCCUGAGUUUGAAAUCAUCAGUCUGCUGGAGGAGCAGCUCCCUGUCUAUCGUCUCCGGGCUGAUACUGUCUAUGGAUACGACCAUGACGACUGGCUGCACACGCCACUCGUCGCUCCAGAGACCAGUCUGGAACUGACCACAGAGCAGAUCGAAGAAACACUCAAAUACUUCUUGCUAUGUGCAGACAGAGUGGGCCAGAUGACAAAGACUUACAAUGACAUUGAUGCUGUUACUCGACUAUUGGAAGAGAAAGAGAGAGAUUUGGAGCUGGCUGCUAAGAUUGGACAAACACUCCUGAAGAAGAACCGUACUCUGACUGAGCAAAAUGACUAUCUGGAGGAACAAGUGGCACAGAUCACAGAGGAGGUUGCCCAGCUACAUCAUGAACUGAAUCUAAAAGAUGAACUCCUGCAGUUUUACACCAAUGCCGGAGAGGAAAGUGAAGAAGAACCUGGCAGCUCUCCAACGGGUAGGAAAAGUAAGGUAGAGGCAGCAUCUGGCGCCUUUGUGAGCGACACACUCCAGCGAAAACUCAAAGAGCUGGAGGAAGAGAACCUGUCACUGCGCUCAGAGGCUAGCCAUCUGAAGUCAGAGACUGAAACUUAUGAAGAAAAGGAACAACAGCUGGUUAAUGACUGUGUCAAUGAACUCAGAUUGUCCAGUCUCCAGAUCUCUGCCAUUGCUGAAGAAUUGGCACGAAAGACUGAAGAUGCCUCUCGCCAGCAAGAGGAAAUCACACACCUUCUGUCACAGAUUGUUGAUCUGCAGAAGAAGGCCAAAUCCUAUGCUGUGGAGAACGAAGAGCUCUCUCAGCACCUGAUUGCAGCAAAAGAUGCCCAGAGGCAGCUCACAGCAGAGCUACAGGAUCUGGAAGAUAAAUAUUCUGAGUGUAUUGAGAUGCUGCACGAGGCUCAAGAAGAGCUGAAGAACCUCCGCAACAGAAACUAUCCUGCGGGUACUCCCCGCCGUUACCAUCCUCUGGGACUGUACCCCAUGGACUCCCUGGCUGCUGAAAUUGAAGGAACUAUGAGAAAAGAGUUGAGUAUGGAGGACCCAGAGUGUGAGGAAUUGAAGAGUCACCGUAAACGAGUGUUUGAGACUGUGAAGACUGUGAAUCAGACAGUUCGACAGCGGUCACUCACUCCAACCAGCAACAUCCCUGGAUCAAACCAGUCUCUGUCUGCCCGCACAUCCCCCCAGUCCAGUGGGCAUACUACCCCACGCUCCACCAUGUACAGUUCAGACAGCAACAUCAUGGACAACAGGACACAGAGUAUUCUCAUGGAAGUUGCAGAAAACCAGGACAGCAAUGCAGAUCAAGAGAAGAAGGCCAGUGGGGCAGAUGAGCUCCGCUUGGCUCUAAGAAGACUGUCCCUGCGUCGACAGAACAAUCUGAGUGAGAGGCGAUACUUUGAGGACGAGCGAGAACGCCGCAGAGGGGGGAACGGGGGGAUCGGACUGAGCCAUGAGACCCCAGUGACCCCCUCAGACAGCAUCAUGUCCUUGGGGAACCUCCAACUCUGGGCCACUAGGGGGCCCUACCUCCCUGAUAAACUACAGAUUGUGAAACCACUUGAAGGCUCUGCUACCCUGCACCACUGGCAACAGCUGGCACAGCCUCACCUUGGGGUGAUCCUCGAUGCCAGGCCGGGAGUUGUUUCUAAAGGAUACAGGCCAUUGGAACUGGAACUGGAACAGGCAUAUCCGUGGGGCGGCUUUGAAGAGGAUGAGCCUGGGGAGCAGUACUUCCAGAAUCUGCCUACCUCCUCAGCUGCUGCCACCCCUGCUGUCCCCACUACCUCCGCCCCCUCUAGCAGCAGUGAGACUCCUCAGUCUGCCUCCAGCCUGGCUCCUCCCACACCACCAUCUCCAUCACCAUCGCCACAUCUCAGCAACACUGAUGGCCUGGCUGCAUACUAUCCAGGUAAAUGCAUGGCCCACACCAGUUCUACGUACACUUUCACAACUUGUCGGAUUCUUCACCCAACUGAUGAGCAAACCCGGGUCACACCAAGUCUUAAUGCAGUCCCAGCAUCAUCUUCAUGUGUAAUGACUAGUUCUUUGUUGGGUACUCCUGCUGUUACGCCUUGCACCCCACGCAGACUCAGUCUCAGGCCAUCUGAAUCGUCAACUAACCUCAGAGAUGCCACUCGCACCACCAGCAUGUCCUUGGGGUUGGUGCGUUUACUCCAGGAGCGGGGGAUCUCAGCAGCCAUGUAUCACCAUAACCAGAGUCUGGAGUAUGGCCAAGGCAGUGGUGGGGUCUUAUUUAGUACUUCUGUUGCUCCUAACAGAAUGACCAUGCCUAACACUCUGCGGCCUUCUACUCCUCCUAACUCCCCCACGUCACAGGCAGCUUUAACCACCUCCACAUCAGCAGGAUUUGACUUUAAGAGCCCAUCGUAUGACAACUUCCUGGCAUCCAAACCAGCACGAUCCAUUCUGAAGGAGGUGACUGGUGGAUUGAGAGGGCGGCAGAGAGGCAGAGACUGUGAAAGCCAGACUGAUGUCAGUGUAAGCAUUCACAAUCUAAACCUACUGGACAAAGUUAAGCGGCUUGGUGUGUCUGGUGCUCCAGGAGGCAGAGCCAUUAGUCCUGGCCCUAUCCUGGGACCUCUGGGUGGGCUGCGCAGAUCCGGCUCUCCUUUUGGGCCUGAUGGGAUAAGGAGGAACCGGAGUUAUCCAGCAAUGGUUGGAGCCAGCAUGGCCAUGAAGGCCCCAGGGCCCCAGGAGUAGUCAUGAGUUUUGGCUGUUCAAGUCGUCUGGAGCCCAGGCACAAAGCCACCACUCUUUAUAAUGUUUGCCAGAAACAUGGUACUAUCGGAUAACUUCCUCUGCUCAAUUAUGUUGACUACUACUUGAUAAGAAUCUGCUUUUAAAACCUCAUAUGUAUGCAAAUCAAUCCAUGCAGACCAUUGCACUAUUAUUUGCAUUAAAACCCUUGAUUAUUAACACUCAAGUUAACACACAAAAGUAGGUUAGUAAAAGAUGCUUUGAAUAUGAGCAUUCCUGCAUGGUACAAUAGUAGCCUCACCUGUCAGGCUAGAAUAGACAGGAUAAAAGUGAUAACAUUGACAACCUAAAGUCAUUAUGUUUCAAGCAAUGCAUUAUCCCUGAGAUGCACAGAUUUCACAGAAUUCUCUAUUCAAGCAAGUUCCUUCCAAGUAGACAUAAACUAUAUAUAAUUUCACUUUAUAUCCCUUAAGUCAAGCAUGUGAUGUCUUUUGGAGUCUGACUCUGCUGGUUAGAUGUAGUACUCCCACCACCCUUUUUCACAAAUAAAAAAAUACUCUUUCAUACAGGCACAACAUCUGUCCCCUUUAUCAAAAGGAUGUAGCACCUAUUUAAUUUUGUAUAUGGUGGAAUAUUAUGAAAUGUGAUCAAAUACAUGAAUAAUAUGUCCUCUAUAUUGUUGUUUUGUUUACACCUUUAGUCUUUAGUAUUUGGUGGUGGUUUUCUAAGUGGAAGUCAAAAAGUGGGUGGAAGAGGAUGAAGAUGGCUAUUGUGAAAAUGGAAUACUGUAUGAAUAUAUUAGUGCCUCAACCUUUGUCUUUGUUUAGUGUUGGGUAUGUGCAGGUAAAAGGACUGCAUACAUGUUGCACUUUUCUCUUUAAUUUAUUUUAAGUAUUAUUUAUGUUAAGUUUUCAGUUGUUUCACACAUUGUAUAUUUGUAUAUACCUGAAUACU